AAAUCGCUCCUUGCUAUAUCAAAUUCAUAUAUUUAGAGUGUUUCGAACUGACAAUAAGUGCCAAAACUGCUGGUAUAGCGACUUUAGCAUAAAAACAAGUAAAAAAAUGCCUUAAUAAACAUACAUCCGAUUUCGAAUAAUUUCGGAAUUACAGGGAGAUAUUGAUGUUGCUUAAUUUCGUAUAAGUAAAACAUGGAUUGAAGUAACACUAUUCAUAACAUUAUUCAUCUAUAUUUGCUUUCGCGAUGAGAAGUCUAAUUAUUUUUCUAAUCGGACACCACGUUCGAUUAGUCAUACAAGGUAAGCUGAAAAAAUUUAAUAAUACGCAGCUGCGCAUUUACACGCGCGAUAGCACUUACUUAUAACAAGUGUGUCCCGGAAUUGUCCCCCGGCAUACCGAUGAAAGUGACUUUCUUUAUACUUUCUCGCUUCUAUAAACAUCUUACGUUUCCUACAGAGAUCAGUUCUCUGCCGUCUGUCGCGCGUUUCAAAUGUACUCCCUGCAGUCUCCCGGCCGUAAUUCAUUAUAACUGCUAUAAAAUCAUAAAAAGAGUACUUGCGUUAUACAAAUUAUUACGUAACGUGAUUAAAUAAAUUAAUAUUAAGUAAAAAAAGUGAUUAAGAUUAAGUGUAAAAAAAUCAAAAGGGCAAAGAGUUCUUUGAAAUCUUCGAAAGAUGGGAAUCUUUGUACGGCCGAUUCUGGAAAUUUCGGAUUCUCCAAAAGAGGCGCGGACGAUGAUAGCGACCAACGUAUUGUCUCAAGCACAUUAUGUGUCCAGAAUAAAACGGGGACAGGCGAUCGGCUCCGUUCGAGGAUUUCGCGGGUGCACGAUUUGGAUGACGGGGCUCUCUGGCGCGGGGAAGACUUCCAUCUCUUUUCAGCUUGAGGAAUAUCUCAUUUCUCAGGGAAUUCCCGCGUACAGCUUGGACGGCGACAACGUGCGAACCGGUCUGAACCGUAAUCUCGGCUUCAGCAAAGAGGAUCGCGAGGAGAAUGUGCGCCGCGUCGCCGAGGUCGCGAGGCUCUUCGCGGACGCCGGAAUCAUUGCCCUCUGCAGCUUCGUCUCGCCGUUCGCGGCGGAUCGGAAAAUGGCACGGGAGAUUCACGAGAGCGCCGGUCUGCCCUUCUUCGAGAUAUUCGUCGACGCGUCCCUUCAGGUCUGCGAGGCCCGCGACGUCAAAGGGCUCUACAAGAAGGCACGUCAGGGUAUCAUUAAGGGCUUCACCGGUAUCGAUCAAAAUUACGACGUGCCCGUCGAGCCCGAUCUCGUCGUCAAGACGGAGAACGCGACUGUUCAACGGUCCACCGACAUCGUCAUCGACUUUCUCCAGCGCAAACAAAUUAUACCAAAGAUAUGCGAACCUGAGCAACCCUUUCUGGAAUUAUUCGUUAAGCCGGAUAGACUAGAUGACGUCCGGGAGGAAAUAAAAGCUCUUUCAACUUUGGAAAUUGGAAAGAUAGAUGUGCAAUGGUUACAAGUUCUCGCUGAAGGAUGGGCGGCGCCCUUGAAAGGAUUUAUGAGAGAAAACGAAUAUCUUCAAGUGCAGCAUUUCAACUGCCUGCACGAAAACGGCGUUUCGGUCAAUCAAUCGAUUCCCAUUGUUCUUGCCGUGAGCACUGCUGACAAAGAGCGCUGCUUCGGCGCGAACGCGCUCGUUCUCAAAUACCAGAACAAGGAUCUCGCCGUCCUACGCAAUCCGGAAUUUUAUCACCAUCGCAAGGAGGAACGUUGCUGCCGUCAAUUCGGCACGAAUGAUCCCAGACAUCCUUACGUCAGAUUGAUCCGAGACUCUGGCGACUGGUUGGUCGGCGGGGAUCUGGAAGUGCUCGAGAGAAUUAGGUGGAACGACGGGCUGGAUCAUUACAGACUGACGCCCAACGAGAUCAGGAUCAAGUGUCGGGAAAUUGGCGCCGACGCGGUUUUUGCUUUCCAACUGCGAAAUCCGAUACACAACGGACACGCGUUGUUGAUGCAGGAUACCAGGCGACGUCUCGAGGAGUAUGGCUUUAAGAAGCCAGUACUUCUUCUUCAUCCUUUAGGCGGGUGGACUAAAGACGACGACGUUCCCCUACCGGUCAGGAUACAACAGCAUCAGGCUGUUCUCGAGGAAGGUGUUCUGCACGAGGAUACUAUUCUCGCUAUCUUCCCUAGUCCGAUGUGCUACGCCGGUCCCACAGAGGUGCAAUGGCAUGCCAAAGCUCGUAUGAUCGCAGGAGCCGAUUUCUACAUCGUCGGACGAGAUCCUGCCGGCAUGCCUCAUCCUGAUAAAUCCGCCACGCCAGACGGCAAUCUUUACGAUGGCACUCAUGGUGCGCGCGUUCUUUCAAUGGCGCCAAGUUUGCAGAAUCUUGAAAUUAUCCCUUUUAAGGUAGCUGCUUACGACACCAGAGCGAAAAAAAUGUCUUUCUUCGAAGCUGAACGGCAACAAGACUUCGUUUUCAUUUCCGGUACAAAAAUGCGUAAUUUGGCAAAAAAUGGUGAGGAUCCUCCCGAAGGUUUUAUGGUACCGAAAGCAUGGAAAAUUGUCGCGAAAUAUUACGAAACUGCGUAAUCAAGAAGCGAAUUAAUGGAAUAAACAAUUAGUAAUGUUUAUGUAUUUUUUUAUGUAUAGUUUAACAUAACUGAUGUUAACAUAUAUUGUAUAAAACAAUGAAGAGUUUUAUAAUGGACAGAUAAUAAAAUAAAAUAUAUAGGUAA